CAGGUCAGGGUAAUUCCCAUUUAAACCAACGUCAUGAGCGUAUAUCAUUUCUAUUGCACUCGUACUGCACUUCUCUCUUUUCUCGCGAACAUCAUCAUACAAUGCGCAAGUGGUGCCCCUCAACAGGAUUCACUGCUCUGUGGAAUACCAAAAAUCAACCAAACGGAUCUUAUCAUACGGGGCAAGGAUACUACUCCUGGCGAAUGGCCUUGGCAUGUCGCUAUCUACCAUAGGAUCUAUUAUUCGAACAAAUACGUUUGCGGAGGAACACUGAUCACCGAAUCGUUUGUCUUAACUGCGGCCCAUUGUGUCCAGAAGAAGAAGCUUCCGAUUUCGGUCAAAUUGAUAUUCGUCAGAAUGGGAGCCUACGAUCUGUCGGAAUGGCAUUCCAAGGAGCAGCAGCACUCGAUUCAGAGAAUUCAUGUCCCAGAGAACCCAACACAUCAUCGGUUGACCUGUGACAUAGCACUACUCGAACUGAGUACGGUGGUUGAAUUCAAUGAGUACAUACAGCCGGCUUGUUUGAUUGAGAAACUCGACUUAACGGGAGAGUACGGUCUGGCCAUUGGAUGGGGACUAUCGGAGAACGAUGAAGCCACUUACAGGUUGAAAAACGUGCUCAUGCCUGUGGUCAGCGCCAUCCGAUGCUUGGAAAGUGAUCGGCUAUUUUUCGGACACACUUUAACGGAGGACGUAUUUUGCGCCGGGUAUACGAAUGGAACAGCGGUGUGCAAUGGCGAUAGUGGAGGUGGCUUAUUUUUCCAACAAGGUAAUGCUUGGUUUAUCGGAGGGAUAGUUUCGUUUUCCCAAUACGAGCCUAACAGUAAUCGGUGCAACCCGCAUGGAUAUGGUGCUUUUAUGAAAGUUUUUAGCUAUUUGCACUGGAUUAAGGAAAUCACGCACUAUGAACAUCAUACUGAUGAAGAUGCCACUCGCGGAGAUGAUCGACGUGAAGGCAACUUUGUUUCAUACUUUCCCAAGUACUGCGGUGUUACUAAACGUGAACGCCUGGCCGACAACACCACUUUUUUCCAAUGGCCAUGGAUUGCUCAGGUGGUGGAAAAGCGUAACGAGACCGACACAUUUUGUUCGGGUUCGCUCAUCAACAGCCGAUAUGUCUUGACGUCUGCUACAUGCGCUCUGUAUAAGCCGUACCGUGUCAUCUUGGGGAUGCAUCAGUGUGAAACCUCGUAUAAUCGAUGUCAACCACCAGUGCAGCAAUAUUUUAUUAAGUCAAUCUUGGUGCACCAAGAAUUCAACAGAUUAGCUUUGAAAAACGACAUUGCAUUGAUUCGAUUGACUCGAGAUGUCCAAUUCGAAGAUCAUAUCCAGCCAGUGUGUCUCCCGGUGACACCCAAACUACGGCAAUCACGUCAUCCAAAAUACAGCGUGUCUGUCUUUUCCGAUGGUCGAUAUCAUCAAAAUUCCACCCUUUCGGAGCAGAGUCGUUCCGAAUGCCAGAAGAGAAAUGCGACAUUGGACUACCGACAACUUUGCAUGGCCAGUGGCGGCUUCUACAAAGGAAACAACGGUGCUCCCCUUGGAUAUGUUGAUUACCUUGGGGGACCUCGUUUUAUACAGUUUGGAAUUGCAUCCUACCCGGCAUCAACGGACAUGAAUUUUGGACCAACAGUGUUCACCAAAGUGGCGGCGUACAUCAACUGGAUAGUGGAGAAUACAAAUAAAAAUGUUUGGUGAAAUUGAAACUUGAUCGAUAUUAAAGUUCAGUUUAGAAUUGCAAUCACUUAUAGCCCAGCAGAUACGCAAAAUACAUAACGAUGUUGUGAGCUACCGGUCUUUUGGUACAGGAAUCCUGCAUGAGAAAGGAACUUGUAAUUCCAUGAUAGCAAAAA